UUGCAGCGUCAGGCAAGUGGCUGGAUGGCUUUCGAAAGUGGUAUUACAACGCUGCAGGAUUCAACAAGCUGGGUCUUAUGAGAGAUGAUGUAAUGCAUGAGACUGAAGAUGUGAAAGAAGCCAUAAGAAGGCUUCCUGAGAAUCUUUAUAACGACAGAAUGUUUCGAAUCAAGAGAGCCCUGGACCUGUCCAUGAGGCAUCAGAUCUUGCCUAAGGAGCAGUGGACAAAAUAUGAGGAGGACAAAUUCUACCUUGAACCCUAUCUCAAAGAGGUUAUCCGGGAAAGGAAAGAGAAAGAGGAAUGGGCAAAGAAGUGACCUUGUUGUUGAGAUCUGUGGAUGUGCCUGGUCUCAGCAUAUUUUAAGAAGUUGUUUCAACCCGAAUCACAAUCUAAGAGUUAUUUGCUUUGCAGAUGCCUCACUUUAAAUAAAUGUCUAUUGUAACCAUU